UGUUCUCCGUGAACAGACGGCCUCCUCCAGGCAGCGCGCGCUGAGAGCCAGUGGAAGAAGCACUAAGAAGAAGAAGAAGGAGGAGAAGAAGAAGAGCUCUUGUUGAGGUAGCGUGUGUCCGGUGUGCGGCGUUUCGUGGCUGAGUUCAGCGCCCGGAAAUCCUCCUCUGUGACCGGGUUCACGUGCGGUGAAGCAGGCGGUCAGGUCUGAGUGAGAAACACCGCGAGGAGGAGAGAAAACUUCCGUGCGCUCUCUUUCUCCUUGGACAGAUGGACAACCGAAGAACCCUCGUGCUUGUAGAAUGUGUGCAGUGAUGAUCUCGCUCUCCGUCUGCAGAUGAGCUGGCCGGCCGUGCGCUGGACCAUGUGAGUGCGGAGAACGGCACGAGCGACUUCCUGUCAGAGCAAGAGAGCAGGCGGAGGAGAGAAGAGGAGGAGGAGGAGGUGGUGAGAGGAGGAAUGGGCGUGGGGAAGAACUCCACCUGCAAAUCCAUGGACUCCAACACAGAGCCGGGCAAAUAUGAGGAGGAGAGCAAACACAGCGCCAACUUCUACCCCAUCCCCGUGGUGGUUAAUGGAGUGUCCCCGACCCCUGGAGACCAGGACAGGGAGGACACUGAGCUCAUGGCCAUCUACACUAAAGAGAGACAAGCAGCUGAUAAAACAUGUCAUUUCAACCAUGACAAAAAUAAGCAAAUAAACAACAAAAACAGACAGAGUUCUUUAUCGGAGACGAUAGACAGCACAGACAGUCCAGACGCCAGGAGGAUGGACAUGAUCUACACCAUAGAAGACACCCCGCCCUGGUAUCUGUGCAUCUUCCUGGGUUUACAGCACUACCUAACGUGCUUCAGUGGGACGAUCGCUGUGCCCUUCUUGCUGGCCGAGGCCAUGUGCGUGGGAUUCGACCAAUGGGCUACGAGCCAGCUCAUCGGCACCAUCUUCUUCUGCGUGGGCAUCACCACACUGCUGCAGACCACCAUCGGCUGCCGACUUCCAUUAUUCCAGGCCAGUGCUUUUGCAUUCCUCGCCCCAGCCAGAGCCAUACUCUCAUUAGACAAAUGGAAGUGUAAUGCAACAGAUAUUCCUCUGGUGAACGGCACUGAGCUCAUGCACACGGAGCACAUCUGGUACCCCAGGAUAAGAGAGAUUCAGGGGGCUAUCAUCGUGUCCUCUAUGGUCGAGGUGUGUGUGGGAGCGCUCGGUCUCCCGGGCUUGCUGUUGCAGUACAUCGGGCCGCUCACCAUCACACCCACCGUGGCCCUGAUCGGCCUCUCCGGCUUCCAGGCAGCAGGGGAGAGGGCGGGCAAACACUGGGGCAUCGCUAUGCUGACGAUCUUUCUGGUGCUGCUGUUUUCCCAGUACGCUCGCAACGUGCAGCUGCCACUUCCCAUCUACAAAGCCAAGAAAGGCUGGACCUCCUACCGCCUCCAGCUCUUCAAGAUGUUCCCUAUCAUCAUGGCGAUCCUGGUCUCCUGGUUUCUGUGUUUCAUCUUCACUGUGACGGACGUGUUUCCUCCACAGAAGGAUCAGUACGGAUACUACGCCCGAACAGACGCCAGGCAGGGCAUCCUGGCAGUCGCUCCCUGGUUUAAAGUUCCCUACCCCUUUCAGUGGGGGUUGCCGACGGUAACCGCAGCCGGGGUGAUCGGGAUGAUGAGUGCCGUGGUUGCCAGCAUCAUCGAGUCUAUCGGAGAUUAUUACGCCUGUGCGCGGCUGUCCUGCGCCCCGCCUCCUCCUGUACACGCAAUAAACAGGGGGAUUUUUAUUGAAGGCCUGUCCUGUGUGCUGGACGGUUUGUUCGGCACAGGAAACGGCUCCACGUCUUCUAGUCCAAACAUCGGUGUUCUGGGGAUCACGAAGGUGGGCAGUAGGCGGGUGAUACAGUACGGAGCGGUGCUGAUGCUGCUGCUCGGCACUGUGGGGAAGUUCAGCGCUCUCUUCGCGUCUCUCCCGGACCCGGUGCUCGGCGCGCUCUUCUGCACGCUCUUCGGCAUGAUCACGGCCGUGGGUUUGUCCAACCUGCAAUUUAUCGACCUCAACUCCUCACGAAACCUCUUCGUCCUCGGCUUCUCCAUCUUCUUCGGUCUGGUCCUCCCCAACUACCUCAGGGGAAACCCUCUCGUCACCGGAAUCGUGGAGGUCGACCAGGUGCUGAACGUUCUCCUGACCACGGCCAUGUUCGUCGGCGGUUCCGUGGCCUUCAUCCUGGACAACACUAUUCCUGGCACUCCGGAGGAGCGAGGGAUCCGUAAGCUGAAGCGCAGCUCCUGUUCCGGUGCCGCCGAGCUGAAAGGGAUGCGAUCCUAUGACCUGCCGUUUGGCAUGGACUUCCUGAGGCGCCAUCGUGUCUUCCAGUACCUGCCCAUCAGCCCCACGUUCAGCGGCUACCAGUGGAAGAGACUGGACGGAGCCUGUCGGGGGCGGGGCAGCGCACGAGGAGAGGAGGGCGUGGCUGUGAGGAUGGAGGCGGGAGAAAGCAGAGUGUAGUGCGGAGUGUGUGUUGUCCCUGCUCUUAUCACGCUGUUACACGCUGUUAUUAAAGCCCUCGACGAGCUCGUGUGUGUGUAUGUGUGUAGGUUAGAGCAUGGAAAGCUGGUGGGGUUAGGCCAUGUCCUAGCCUAGUUUUCUCACCUGUGAACUCUAACCCACACACACACACACACACACACACACACACACACACACACACUAUUUUGAUCGUCAGUAUAAAAACCCUUCAUACUGCGUGAUGGGACACUACAAAGUGUUUCAGGAUCAUGGAAAUCAUGGAAACAUUCCACCAGGGGCGAUGAUAUUAGGAUGCCGGACAGACUGCGAGAUGGAAAUUGACUUUUCAGGAAAAAAAAAACAAAACCACAACGUUAUGUUCUUUUUCCUUAGCAAACCUGCACUGCACUGAGAAAUGCAGUUUAGAUAUAGUGCGCGUUUUAGGUAAGGCUUUAUGCAAUAUAUGUUAUUUGUUUUUACGCUUGGACGAAUACACAACGUGUCCUUGCACUUGACGGACCCCAGAUGUUGUCAGUCAUCCAGGAUAUUUUGAAGUUUUACACUUCUUUAGCUUUCUUUAGUUUUCUCAUCUGCUCCAUUAGAGCUGGGUGAAAAAUUGUAUGUUUGAUUCCCGCCCCAAACAAUUUCGUUAAAGGUAGUUGCUUGCCAAAUGCAAAAUAGUUGUGAUUCAUCUGAUCGUGCAAGAGUUUGCAAGAAACACACACUUUUGAACCAAUUCCUCAGUCUUCACUCUUAUAACCUGAUAUAAAGCUGGACUGUGAGCCUUGAGCAUUUCCACUGACCUAAAACCCUCUCAGCCUCUCUACUGUCUGUGCCUGGUUUGUUGAGGUUUCAUUGCCGACGCGAAGUGUUGCCAACUUUUAAUUGUUCUACGAAAUUUUAGUGCAGGUUUAAGUUUAAAUUUAGUCAGUUAUUUUUCUAUGCUUGUAAGACAGGACAAGUGCAGUGCCAGUAAUGUGUUGGAGCAUGUUGCCAGUGCAUGGUUUGCUAAGAAAAUGAGAGAGAGUGCGAGGCAUGAAAGGAAACCUACAGGAACGAUUUGGUGGGAAAAAAACGUGCACGAUGUUUCACUUACCCCAAAUGUAGUCGAAUAGCUAUGUUAAGGCAUGUUUAGUGUCUGAUGUUUUUUUUUUUUUCUUUUAUACUGCAUGGGAGCUCUAAGAAAUAUAACGUCUGAGUUUAAAAUAUGGAGAAAAUUCUCUGCCAGGACAAAGUGCAGUCACACCAUUUUUUGCCAUUUUUUGGCAAAAAAAAAGAAAAAAAAUGACAUGGAAAAAAAAAAUACUGAAAUGUUCCACACUGAAAAGCAGCGCCUUUAUAGCAUUGCUCUUGCAUCAGCGAAGGCAUUUCACUUUCAUCAACGUGUUGCAGUCGUGCUACACUGACACGCAAUCAUGCAUUUUAUAGGUUUUUUAAUCUGUUCAUUGUUUAUUCAUUCCUGGUGAACUCGUUGUUGUUAAUGUUAAUCUUCAAGCUUUUCAGAAAUAUUGCUAAAUCGUGAGAAAAGUAUUUAGAACUAAAAAUAUUCAAACCCCACUGCAAGUCCUGGGAGUUACGUAGAACGAAAUCUUAUCUCCGUUAAAAAAUGGAACAAUACUGACAUCCAGAGAACGUCAUUCAGCUUGGAGAGGUUCCUCAUGGUCACCAAUAACGUUCCCUCCUGAAGUUUCCUUCAUGUUUAUAGAUAACAGGAAGUCGCACUGUGACCGGAACCACAUCUGUGUGACGUCGCUGAAGAACUGAGCGUGAUUUGAGAACACGUUUUGUUUGAGAGACUUCUGUUAGCGUUAGUAGCGCUAGGUGAGAGAAGAAAAAAAAAAAAAGAGAAGAACUAAACAUGUCUUGGUGGAUCGACUGCAUUGGGGUGAUGCAUCUUUUUUUUUUUUUUUUCCCUGAACUGUUCCUUUAAAAAGAAAAACAACAAAAAAAAAAAAAAGCACUUAAGUCCUGAUCUGUCUGAUGUUCUUCUGUUGAAAGGGUGUCAGUUUUAUCUACACUAUUAGGAGCUUUCACACUCGUUGUACCAUCCGUUUUUCUUGCUUGAUUGGUUUUGGUCUUCACACUAUAGGUAUUGUUCAUCUUAAUUUUCGUUUUCAGUUUGUAUCUUCCUUUCUUUACGUGAGCGGUGCUUUUUAAAAUCUGAACGGUCAGCUCGGCUUUUUUUUAAUUUUUUUUAUUUAAUUUAAUUUUUUUUACUUUUUGGGUGCCUGUAAAAUCUCAGAGAUGUCGUGAUGUCAGAGUAACAGCGUCGUAAAAGCAGCUUAACAAGGACGUGGGUUUGUCUCAUCAAAGCACGAGGCAGAACCGAACGUUUGAACGUCUGAACGUCUGAACGUCGUGAACGUUUGCUUGUUGAUUACUAACACACCAAAAGGACUGCGUCACUUUCCGGCCACGUAGACACGUAUUUAUUUAUUUAUUUAUGCUUGUCCGGGCGUCGGCUGAAAAAUUCCACAUAAACAGAAGUGAUGUCUCCGAAAUCAACCGAGAAAACCAGAAAACGCUCUGGACGGAAAUUUGUGAGAGAGAUUAUUUACUGGAACAUUUGUUUGUGACGUGAACUGGUGCUUCAUGAAAAAGGUCAUUCCACGUGUUGUGUUGAUUCAGACGUCACUCUCUUUUAUUUAUGGCAAAGUCUCUCUCACGCUACUGGAUAAAUUUGUAAUUCACUGGGCAUAUCGUUUGUUUUUGUUUUGUCUGUUUUUUUUUUUUUUUAAAUGAUGUGUUUUCGUUGGAUUCACUUGUAAGGACCAUCUUACUUGUGAACCGACAUCUUUUAACACUGAGUUCACCGAGCAGUUUUAACCCAAAUUUCUGGAGCUGCACCAACAAGGAUUAAAUCAACCAGAGCUGGAAGAUAAUCAAGGAUUUGUUAAUCCCAGUUUGGUUUGAAUUAAGGUUGCGAUCUUGAUUAUAAACAAUUAAAAUCUUUUGUCAUAACCUCUAAAGAAAUCCUCAAAUGUAAACUUGUUGCGGUUUACGUUUUCAAAUCGGCCAAUCAGAAUCCAUUAUCAGCUGUUUUUUUUUUUUUAAUCAAAACCAGCAAUUUUUUUUCCUCUUUGAGGAACUUGCGUGUUUUACGUAGUCUGUCUAAUAUACACUGACAGUUUGAGAAUUUAAACCUCAUCAGCUACUAAAAUGAAUCUUUAACCAGAAAAUGAAUCCUUAAAGCAACAGAAGAACAGGAUUAAACAAGGUUUAAAGUUCAGUGCAACUGGAUUACUAGCUUAAAAUUCAGGUUAAAUCUCGAUCUUUCGCUGGUGCAGCCCAGAGACGGUUCUACAUUUCCACAGCCGGUCUUUGUGCCAGUAUUAGGGACGUUAAUGGACUCUGUGCAGGAGACGGAGUGAAGUUCGAACCUGCUGUUUACCACGAGUCUGGGAAAGUGAGCUACAGUACUGAAAAUAAAAUAUCACUGCAAAAAAAAAAAAAAAAAAAACAUGACCUGAGAAAGAGCUGUCUUGUAAUAUAUGUGGAUUUAUUUGGAUAUUUUUCAUUAUGAUUAAAAAAAAAAAACAAUAGUAUGGGUGAGCGAUAUGAUGCAAAUAUUACAUCACGAUACUUGAAGAGACUUCUAUGAUAAAAUGUCUGAUAGGAAAAAAAAAAAACAGUGUUGCAUUAAAACUCUGCUUUUUUUUUGCUAAAAUUAUAUUGAGUAUCAUUUUAAGUAUCAUUUUUUCUUGUACCCGAUUAUAUUAUUACCAAUUAAUUACAUUUCACUGAGGAAAUCCCACACUGUUUACUCCUUCCACAUUACAAAUCUCAAAAAUCACGGCUUUUUUCUUUUGCUCGACUGUUAUUCCAAUCACACUUCAAUCAUAUUUUAACUUUCAUUUUAUUUAUUCAAAUCCCAAAUCCACCCCGGUUUAUAAAUGUUUACAUGGACACCGCUGUUAGUCUAAAGUUAUUUUAAUGGGGAAAAAAACAAAUGAAGAAAUUUGUAUUCGUAUAAAUAAAGACGUUAAAAGAAACCUGAAUCCUGUUUCUAACCUUAACUAUAACAUUUGUAGCUAUUCAUUUUUUAAAAUUUUUUUUUUGUGGCACCAAAAAAAAAGAUUUACAUUUCAAACUACAUUUAAUUGUACGCACAAGUAUCAUUUUAACUAAAUAAGAUUUUCAUGUUAAAAUUUCAAUUCACGUAUUAUUUUUCUUUUCCACCAUUGUAAUGUAAUUGUAAUAGUGUAUUAGCAGAUCAUUUCUAAUUUCUUAAAGCAUUUACUUCUUGAAAAUGAUCUGCUCGCUGAAUUUCAGCUGGUUAAUUACUUAAAGUUAGUAAGUUAGUGUCUGUGGGGAUAAAAUCUUAAAUGUUCUUUAUAGAAUUAUUAAAAAUGUUGCUACAUAUUUUUCAAGAUGUUUCCACUUUGCGAAGGGAUUUUUUUUUUUUUUUUUUUUUUUUUUUUGCAGUGAACGUUAUUUUGUGGGCGGAGUUAAACAUAACACUAUAACACUUAUCGCCCAGUUUUUAACGUGAAAGCGUUUCUCGUGUAAAAUAUAACUGCAAAACAGAAGCGUUUUCCUGUGUUGAUCUGAGCACCACAUGUUCACCGUGUCCUCUCUUUCACUCUUCAACCUUAACUUCUUGAUUUUUUUUAAUGUUCUUGAAUGCUGAAUACGACUCGAAAGGGCCUUCUUGCUAAGACCUCUCGCUUCCUGUCGAGGAAUUAUUGUCAAUUUUUUUGUAAUUAGCAGAUAUAUAGGGUUUUUUGUCGUUAACAUAAUGCAUAAUACAGAAGCCUCGGAUUUGACCUUGAUGUCAAAGGUGAAAGGUCGUGAGGGGUCUUAGUAAGACGGUCACUAAGAGUAUGAUUCAAAGAUAAAAUCCCUUCAGUUAUUUUGAAGGAGAAUCUAUCUGAAGAAUAUACUAUUGUCUAUCUGAAGUGUUUGAUAUCUCUUUUUUGAUAUUUUCUUUCUAUUUUUUUCCUCUUGAUUUCUGUUUUUUUUUUUUUUUUUUUUUAUACAUGAUUUUUAUGUUUUUACAAAGACGUGUUUCUAGAGAUCACACGUAUAAACGUAAAUAUUAUAAUACCAUGCUGCCAAGCGCACCAUUUUUGUUACAUUUUUAUUUAAGCAAAAUGAAAACGUUUUUGUUGUUUGUCUUUUUUUUUUUUUUUUGCCUCUUUUGAACUAAAGUUUUUAGAAUAGCUACUUUUGUUAGCUAGAACUUUUUUCAUAAUGUAUUUUUCUAACAUUGCUUCCAGUUUGAUGUCAAUCGCAGAAUAAAACUAAGUUUUAGUGAGAUACUUUAUUAGAAAUAUAUGGAUAUACUGAAUAUAUUGAGUAGAGUACAGUGUGUGCUUUACUCCUGGACCAGGCUUUGUGAAUACUAAUUGUAGCGACUGUUCCUAUUCCUUGCUCCUAAAAUUAUUUAAAAAGAUGUUACGCAACGAA